CGGCGAGCGGAGGUGGUGGAGUAGAGGCGAGGGUAGCGACGAAGGCGAUGGCGACGCGGAGCCCAUGAGGCGGCGGCCAGCGGGACGGGCCGAGGCCCGGCGGAGGAGGCGGCUCCGGGGGCACCCGCCGCCCGAGGGAAUUUGGAAAAGUUGCAAGCAAAGCAUCAUUCCUCUUAGAAAAUUUUUGGUAACUGAAGUUCUGAAUAACAGGGCAAACCAAUCUAAUCACCAUGAGUUGGAGCUUCCUGACUCGCCUGCUAGAAGAGAUCCACAACCAUUCUACAUUUGUAGGGAAGAUCUGGCUCACUGUAUUGAUUGUCUUCCGAAUCGUCCUGACAGCAGUAGGAGGAGAGUCCAUCUAUUAUGAUGAGCAAAGCAAAUUUGUGUGCAACACAGAGCAGCCAGGCUGUGAGAAUGUCUGCUAUGAUGCCUUUGCACCGCUCUCUCAUGUGCGCUUCUGGGUGUUCCAGAUCAUCCUGGUGGCAACUCCUUCUGUGAUGUACCUGGGCUAUGCCAUUCAUAAGAUUGCCAAAAUGGAGCAUGGUGAAGCAGACAAGAAGGCAGCUCGUAGCAAACCCUAUGCAAUGCGUUGGAAACAGCACCGGGCUCUGGAAGAGACAGAAGAGGAUCAUGAAGAGGAUCCCAUGAUGUAUCCAGAAAUGGAAUUAGAAAGUGAGAAAGAAAAUAAAGAACAGAGCCAACCAAAACCCAAGCAUGAUGGCCGACGACGGAUUCGGGAGGAUGGACUCAUGAAAAUCUAUGUACUGCAGUUGCUGGCACGGACUGUGUUUGAGGUGGGUUUUCUAAUAGGGCAGUAUUUCCUAUAUGGCUUCCAAGUCCACCCAUUUUAUGUGUGCAGCAGACGUCCUUGCCCUCAUAAGAUAGACUGCUUUAUUUCUAGACCCACUGAAAAGACCAUCUUCCUUCUGAUAAUGUACGCUGUCACAGGCCUCUUGCUGCUUAACAUUUGGGAGAUGCUUCAUUUAGGGUUUGGGACCAUUCGAGACUCACUCAAUAGUAAGAGGAGGGAACUUGAAGAUCCGGGUGCUUAUAAUUAUCCUUUCACAUGGAAUACGCCAUCUGCUCCCCCUGGCUAUAACAUUGCUGUCAAACCAGAUCAAAUCCAGUACACUGAAUUGUCCAAUGCUAAGAUUGCCUACAAGCAAAACAAAGCCAACAUCGCCCAGGAACAGCAGUAUGGCAGCCAUGAGGAACACCUCCCAGCUGACCUAGAGACUCUGCAGCGAGAGAUCAGAAUGGCUCAGGAACGCUUGGAUCUAGCAAUCCAGGCCUACCAUCACCAAAACAACCCUCAUGGUCCUCGGGAAAAAAAGGUUAAAAUGGGGUCCAAAGCUGGGUCCAACAAAAGCAGUGCUAGUAGCAAAUCAGGGGAUGGGAAGACCUCUGUCUGGAUUUAAUCUUGGCUGUGCUCAAAACUUGGGCUUUUCAUAGUUUAUGGUAAGCAGCAGCUCACUGAAUAAUGACUUCCAUUGAGUAAACAUUUGGCUCUGGUUAUCUUCAGGGAUGCUGUUGGCUCAUGGUCCAAACUCAGGGGACUCUGAAGGUGGGGCUGGGAAACACUGUGUUCCCAAACACAUGUUCUCAGCAGUAGUACAGUUGGAGAACUUUACAUUUACGUCUUCCAGAUCCAGAGAAGAACAGAUAAUAUUUAAAUCAU